AACCCUAACUAGCACUCUUUCUCCAUCCUGCUCAUUCUCCCAACCAUGUCGCUUCCCCCUCUCCUCAUCGAUGUUCCUCGCAACCCGAUUCUGGCCGUCGGCCUGCCCUUGAGCCUGGGCAUCGCGACCGGUUUCAUCACGCGCACCUCCAAGCACAGCCCUGAUUCGCUGUGGUACAAGUCGCUCCAGAGACCCUCCUGGGAGCCGCCUCGCUGGGCCUUCCCUGUCGUCUGGCCCAUCCUGUACAUUGGCAUGGGCUACGCCUCGCACCUGAACGUCAAGAGCCUCGAUCGCACACCUCCGGGAUUGGGAAGGACGAAGGCGCUGAGGGCUCUCAAGCUCUACUACGCUCAGCUCUUCCUGAACCAGCUGUGGACGCCUCUCUUCUUUGGCGCUGGCCAGCAAUCGGCCGCGUUUGCCAACCUCGUUGCCCUGACUGGAACGGUCGCGGCUUGGGGUAUCACCCUCGCCGACGUCGAGCCAAAGGCUGCUUACAUUGCAGUGCCUUACUUCGCCUGGACUGCCUAUGCAUCCGUUCUCAACGGCUACAUCUGGUGGCAAAACACGGGACAGUACUACUACCAGAAGCUUAUCAAGAAGUCCAAGUCGUCCUAAAGGAUCUCCAGUCUCUUCUCCGUGUUUCCAAAUGUGGCUUUCAAGUGUUUCCCGCGAUCCGGCUGUAUGCAACGAAUCUUCUUGACCCUUACCUUGCCUCGAAUCUCAUUUGUUGUUCAAGAUCCCAAUCGACAAAAACGGGAAGUUCAUUUGAGCGGUGAUCAACGGGGACUGUUAUUAAUUACGAAAGAGCAACAGGUCGAGC